AUGUUGUAUCAUUUUUUUUGUUUAGCAGUAACUGCCAGCAAUGCUGAGUGCCGUUAUCAAGAUAGCGGUGGUUUGUUUGGAGAGCUCUCUGGUGAUGCCAUGACAUCUCAAGGGAGCUAG